CUUCCACCGGCUUGCUUCCCACCCCAUCCGCGCAUCUCUUCUGCCACCAUCAUGUCCGCUGACUGGGGCUCGUUUUUCCAUUCUUCAGGUAAUCGUUCACACGAUGAACCCAAGGCUGAGCCCGUGAGCGGGGACGACGAGGUCGUCGAGCCCGACCAGGGAAAUGUCCUCUCCCACAUCAUCUCCCAGCUCCGACCGGGGGCUGACCUCAGUCGGGUCGUCCUGCCCACCUUCAUCCUGGAGCCCCGAUCCAUGCUCGAGCGCAUCACCAACUUCAUGGCGCACCCUGAGACCUUGCUUCCUAUGCCCACCAUCGAUGAUCCCCUCGAACGAUUCGUCUCCGUCGUCAAAUUUUAUCUGAGCGGAUGGCACAUCAAACCUCCAGGAGUGAAGAAGCCGCUGAACCCGAUCCUUGGAGAGACCUUCACCUGCUACUGGGACUAUCCCGAUGGCACCCGCGGAUACUACAUUUCCGAGCAGACCUCUCACCACCCGCCCAAGUCCAGCUAUUUCUUCAUGGCACCUGAGCACAACAUUCGGAUAGAUGGCACCCUGAAGCCCCGCAGUAAGUUCCUUGGGAACUCGGCCGCCAGUAUGAUGGAGGGUAUUGCUAUUCUGCGGUUCUUGAACCGUGGGGAGGACAAGGAGAAGGGCGAAAGAUACAUUCUGACGCAACCGAACAUGUACGCCCGCGGCAUCCUUUUCGGAAAGAUGAAGUACGAGCUCGGCGACCACAGCUAUGUGCGGUGCCCGGAGAACAACCUCGUUGCGGAUAUUGAGUUCAAGACCAAGGGUUACUUCUCUGGCACGUAUAACGCUAUUGGUGGAACCAUCAAGAACGAAAAGACGGGAGAGGUCUACUACGAGCUGUCUGGUCUCUGGAACGGUGAAAUGCACAUCAAGGAUGUCCAUACCCACAAGAAGGAUCUCCUCUUCAACGCCACGAGCGCGAAGCAUACCCCUCCUUCCAGCAGGCCCAUUGAGCAGCAGGGCGAGCGCGAGUCGCAGCGUCUGUGGCACAACACCGUGAAGGCCAUCAUUGCGCGCAACCACGAGGCGGCUACGGACGAGAAGACGAAGAUCGAGGACCGCCAACGAGAGGAAGCAGCGAAGCGGGCCGAUGAAGGCGUCGAGUGGCACCCCCGCCUCUUCCGACGGGUGCAGGGCGGGCCCAACGGCCCGGACGAGGGAGAAGAGGAUCUGGACUGGAUCAUUAAUGCUCAAGUCGAUUCGCAUAACCCCGAGGUCGCCAUCAAGCAGAUUCUAUCCAUUGCCCCUAUUCUCGAAGGUCAGAGCGAGCCCUCCCAGUUCCAGAUUCCCGCGCAUAAACCCAAGGAUUCCGUUACGACAUCCGAACCGGCCAACGGCGCUGACUCCGUCCCGAGUCAGACUAGGAAGGAAGUGGAAGAGGCAGUCGAGCGGAAAGACUCGCGGACGUCGGAUGUCGAUGCCUAUGUCGAUGCCAAGGAGAACUAGGCAGCCUGCUUCGGUGAUUCCAGUCGGCAUUGCCAUGUCAACACUGGAUCU